AUGUUUCGACACGGUUCACGAUCCCUUUCUCGGGCCUCUACCAUGAGGUGGCGCCGUCCAUUUUCGACCGACCUGCCUGCGGAAGCCACUAAAGAUUCCAACUUUGUGGAGGCAUGGAGGAAAUCAAUUCCCGCCGUUGAACCACCUAGCACUCCCUCGGUGUUCAUGGCUACAAGGCCCACAACUCCAUCAUCCAUUCCCUCUAAGCUCACUAUCAACUUUGUCCUUCCUUACUCUUCUGAACUCUCCGGCAAAGAGGUUGACAUGGUUAUAAUCCCCGCAACUACGGGACAGAUGGGUGUAUUGCCUGGGCAUGUGGCAACAAUUGCUGAGCUCAAGCCCGGUAUCUUAUCAGUUCAUGAAGGCAACGACGUCUCAAAGUAUUUUGUGAGUGGUGGGUUUGCAUAUGUUCAUGCAAAUUCUUUUGCAGAUAUAAUUGCUGUUGAAGCUGUACCACUUGACCGCAUCGAUCCCAAUUUGGUUCAAAAGGGCCUGACUGACUUUGCACAGAAGUUGAACACUGCAUCAACUGAUGUAGAGAAAGCUGAAGCCCAGAUUGGCGUUGAUGUACAUAGUGCGCUUAAUGCUGCACUUACUGGUUAA